AUGACCUCUUCUUCCCGGCGGCCAAUUCCUACUAUUGAUAGGAUUAGCGACUUGCCGGAUUCAAUUCUCAGUCAUAUUCUCUCUUUUCUUCCAACCAAACAAGCUUCCGCUACAAGCAUCCUUUCAAAGAGAUGGAAAUUAGUGUGGCACUCCAUCCUCACUCUUAACUUCGACCAAAACAAAGACACCUUCAAAAACUGCUUCCAUUUUGAGGAAUUUAUUUACUUUACCAUCUCCUCAUUGCGAGAAAAUUCAAUUCGUUUGUUUACUUUCAAAUGUAGCGGAGAUUCAAACUUCAAUCAAAGAUUUUACAAUCAAAUUUUAUGUCGCAAUUUUUGGAAGCAUCCGCCCACUGUUCCAGAAUGUCUUUCAUCACAGCUCAAAACAUGCUGCAUUAAACGUCAUAGACACAGAGGCAUAAAAUAUUUAGUCGAAUUUGUGAAAUAUAUUAUGCAGCAUUCUGAAGUACUAGAGACUAUGACAAUUCGGAGUUCCUCCCUUGAAAAGGACCGAAUGUUGAGGGAAUUAUCUUCGCUCAAAAGGGGCUCUAAAAAAUGUAAACUUUUAUUUAAUUGAUGAUGUUUGUCAUGUUUUUU